GAUGGCAAGUGUCUCGAGUCUCUGAGAGAAUCGGCUCCCAGAGACAAAUCAGAUGUUCACUUGAACACCACGGAUUUCGGCGAAUCACUUUUUUGGGGGUUGACAGGGAGGAAAAAAAAUUCGAGUGGAUCGUCGUCGUGUGCAAAGGCGGUGAGGGAUUUCAUGUGGUAUUCUUCGGUGCUAUUGCUUCGGAAAUUAAUUUGUGAUUUACCUUUUUGCGAUAUAGUGUCUGCUCAGUGUAGUAAAAGUGAGAUUCCCUGUGAUUGAUCGGGAGAGAAGAGUGAAACGGAUUAAAUCCGCCCUCAUCCAGGAGGAUUGCUUAAUCCUCCACCACCACGACCUUGUUCCACUUUCACACAAUCGUGUGUCACCUCAUUAUAAACUUAUAUCCCCAUUGUUUCAGCAGCCUCCUUCACCGAGACGUUUGCCUUUUUCCACUCCCUCUCUCCGCUCCUCAGGGGCGUCCCAUUCGCUGGGCGUGCGGGGGGUUGGGCGGCGUGGCAAGAAGAAGUGGGUGGUCGUUGGUGGUUUAUUUACUUGAGAAAUAUCCAGAUUAAACGAACUGCGAAAGAGAGGCACACAAAAAAUCUAUAUAGAUGCUCAUAAAGGCGCAUAGUUUGAGGCAGUUUAUCUGCUCACCAACUCAGCUGUGUCAAUUUUGAUCGACUGGGAGCACCUUGGCUGAGGGCGCGAAGGCAUCAUCAGGGCCGGGAGAGGGAAGAGUCAGGGUGAAAAUGUUCCGAUACAUUCUUUUCCUGCUCUACUUCACGAGAAUCAGCUAUGCUUUCAGAGAAAUGGCUGCCAGUCGCUUGGAGAACGUCACGCAGACCAUUUCACGUCUGCUGGAGGGUUAUGAUAUCAGGCUGAGACCCAACUUUGGCGGAGAGCCUCUCUUUGUGGGCAUGGAUCUCACGAUUGCCAGCUUUGAUGCCAUCUCGGAAGUUAACAUGGAUUAUACCAUCACGAUGUACUUGAAUCAAUACUGGCGAGACGAGCGGUUGGCCUUCAAUGCGUUCAGCCAGCCCGAGGAUGGGGCCAGGGCGAAUGACGCUCUCACGCUGUCCGGGGACUUUGCCGAGAAGAUCUGGGUGCCGGACACGUUCUUCGCCAACGACAAGAACAGCUUCCUGCACGACGUGACGGAGAGGAACAAGCUGGUGCGGCUGGCGGGCGACGGAGCCGUGACGUAUGGCAUGAGGUUCACCACGACGCUGGCCUGCAUGAUGGAUUUGCACUACUAUCCGCUGGACUCGCAGAAUUGCACAGUUGAAAUUGAGAGUUAUGGAUACACAGUGAUGGAUGUUGUGAUGUACUGGAAGCCAACCCCUGUGCGCGGGGUGGAGGAGGCCGAGCUGCCGCAGUUCACCAUAAUUGGGUACGAGACGAAUGACCGCAAAGAGGAACUGGCCACAGGGACGUACCAGAGAUUGUCGCUAUCCUUUAAGCUGCAGCGCAACAUUGGCUACUUCGUCUUUCAAACCUACUUGCCCAGCAUCCUCAUCGUGAUGCUCUCCUGGGUCUCAUUCUGGAUCAACCACGAGGCCACGAGCGCCCGAGUGGCGCUGGGCAUCACCACUGUUCUCACCAUGACCACCAUCAGCACGGGCGUGAGAAGUUCACUGCCACGCAUUUCCUAUGUGAAGGCGAUCGACAUUUACCUUGUGAUGUGCUUCGUGUUCGUCUUUGCCGCCCUCCUUGAGUACGCCGCCGUCAAUUACACCUACUGGGGUGCCAGAGCCAAAAAGAAGUGCAAAAAGAACAAGGAGGCAGAGCAGAAAGUCACAGGCAAGUCACCCAAAGCGGAGACCACCUCGUGCUCCACCGAGGACAUUAUCGAGCUGCAGGACGUGAGAAUGAGUCCCAUUGCCUCGCUGCGGAAUCGACACAAUUCAUCAAACAUCGGCUGGGCUGUGGGAUCGGAUUCAGUGGACAUUGCCAAGUUUCCACCGAGCUUCCGGAUCGCUCGCUCCUACGGCACAAGCAGAAGUGGUCUCCGAUAUCGCGGAAAUCGGGGCCCAGCUCAGAACCGUCCCAAAAUGCUGCACGCCAUCCGUCGGGGUGCUUCUGUGCUGAAAGUCACCCUGCCGAAAAUCAAAGAUGUCAACAUCAUUGAUAAGUACUCGAGGGUGGUCUUCCCAGUGAGCUUUCUCGCCUUCAAUGCGGGCUACUGGAUCUUCUACGUGUUGGAAUGAUAAGAGAGACGCAGUGGGCGGUGUGGGCGACACCAGCAAUCAGUCAGGGGACAAAGAGGACACGCAAUAGAGUUACUUGAAAGGAGUCAAAUAGAUGAAGUUUCAAGCGUUAAA